UCUCCUCUCUCCGUCAUUCCUCCUCGGGUUCCAACAAAUCCCUCCGCACAUCUCCCACCUUCCUGGUCAAACCGCCCCUCCUCUCUCUCCCCCCUCCUCUGUUUUCUGUUUCUUCUCCUUCCUCUCUCUCUAGGAUGAAAAGAGCUGCGUUAUAGGGAGGAGAGAGAAGGAGAGACAGGGAGCUGAGUUAAUAAUGGCCGGAGGCGGAACCUUCUUUUCCUGACUCCCUGCGCGCGGCUGCAGCUCAUCAUUUGUCUCUGAUCCUUGUGCUCUGUUCCUUCCUUUUGUGCUUCGUCUUGGCUAUCAUCGGUGGACUCAGCCAUCGCCACCGGCAGGGAGCCUCGCCGUUGGGCUCCGGUGAUCCUGUUCCUUCACCAUUGGCGUUUCCCCGCAAUCGCGCAAAGGUUGAGCAGUUCCAUGCUCAGAUGAACAGCCACACCCACACAGCGAUGGAGUGGAAGGACACCAGUCCAGCAGGACCAGACUGCCUGCUGCCGAGCUACAUGACCGACCCGUUCCCUGCGGAUCCCUUGGUCGAUGACUGCACCGGCACCAACGAGGGCUCCCGUGCAGGGUUCGAAAGGCGUGGCCUGUCGGUGGACGUGGGCUCGCCUCAGGAGGAGGGGAAGCCGAUGCCGGCGACGCCGCAGUUCGGCCAGAGGUCCGGUUCCAGCAGCAGUUUGUCUGAGAGGAUGCAGGCCAGAGCUGGCUUCAGCGUCGCCAAGCUCAGCAUGCCGUGCGUCACUCCGGCCGCAGCUGACAGCGAACACUCAGGAGGAGCUCAGUCCCCUUACCUGACCAUCCCACCCGGUCUGAGCCCGGCGUCGCUGCUUGAGUCACCCGUGUUCCUCUCCAAUGCCAUGGGCCAGGCCUCGCCAACCACGGGGAAGUUAUUCAUGCUCGGUGAUUCCAAUAACAACAAUCUUGCUAGAUUUGAAGCUCCGUCAAUUGAAGAUGGUCCUGGUACAUUCUGUUUCAAGUCUUUGGACCUAAAAUCAUCACAAUACGCAGCUGAAGGAAACAAGGAAUUUUUGCCCAACAGUCAACAUUCAUCACUACCAAGCAGAGAUGUUCCUGUGAAGACUGAAGCCAACAUUCAGGCAGCACGAGAACGCAAUUCGCUAGGCCAUAUGAACCAAGGGCAGUUCAACAAUGGGCAGGACCUCAUGAGGAGCAGCUACCAUGACUCCAACAAGCGCAAUCGCCUCGCACUUGACAGCACCGUCGACAACAACAACGGGCCACCUCCCGAUCACGGCCCACCGGCUGCAGACAGUGAGGCAGUGAAAGGAGAUUACCCUGCGGUGGCCGCCUCCACGCCGGCCGAGGACGGGUACAGCUGGAGGAAGUACGGGCAGAAGCAGGUGAAGCACAGCGAGUACCCGCGGAGCUACUACAAGUGCACGUUCCAAAACUGCCAGGUGAAGAAGAAGGUGGAGCGGUCGCACGAGGGCCACGUCACGGAGAUCAUCUACAAGGGCGGGCAUAACCACCCCAUGCCCGCCGCUGCAAGCCGCCGCCCCGCCGGCGUCCUGCAGCAGGUUCACCCGUUUGGCGACGUGCAGAUGGACGCCGCCGACAACAACAACAAUGGCAACGCUGGUGCGUCCCAGCCGAACGCGGACACGAAGCAGCUGUGGCACAAUGGUGUGGGUGCACAAGACUGGCGUGGCGAUGGGCUGGAGGCGACGUCGUCACCCUCUCUGCCCGGUGAGCUCUGCGACUCGUCGGCUUCGAUGCAGGUCCACGACGGCGCUGCCCGGUACGAGUCCCCCGAGGGUGUGGAUGUCACCUCUGCGGUGUCCGACGAGGUGGACGGGGGUGACAGGGUGGCGCACGGCAACAUGUCACAGGUCCAGAUCGCCGCUGUCGAGGCCGAGGGCGAUGAACUGGAGUCCAAGAGAAGGAAGCUGGAGUCAUGCGCCAUUGAGAUGAGCACCGCGUCCAGAGCCAUCCGCGAGCCUCGGAUCGUGAUCCAGACGACAAGCGAGAUCGACAUCCUCGACGACGGCUAUCGCUGGCGCAAGUACGGGCAGAAGGUCGUCAAGGGCAACCCGAAUCCAAGGAGCUACUACAAGUGCACGCACCCGGGGUGCUCGGUGCGGAAGCACGUGGAGCGCGCGUCGCACGACCUCAAGUCCGUGAUCACCACCUACGAGGGCAAGCACAACCACGAGGUCCCGCUCGCUCGGAACGGCGGCCACGCGAGCUCGCUGGCGGCUUCGGGUGCAUCGCAGCUGAUCCACGCCGGCGGUGCGCGCAGGACGGACCCGACGUUGGUGCAGGACGGCCUGAUGAGGCUGGGCGGCUGCGGCGCGCCUUUCGGCCUGCCUCCGAGGGACCCGCUGGGGCCGAUGAGCAACUUCCCGUACUCGCUCGGCGGGCAUGCGGCGGCGCUCCCGAGCCUGCCGAUGCCGACCGGGCUCGGCACCGUCGAGGGGCUGAAGUUGCCCAUGCUGUCCCCGUCGCUGCACCCGGUCUUCAGGCACCGGCAGGCGAUGGAGACGGCAGGGUUCAGGGUGCCCAAAGGUGAGGUGAAGGACGAGACCGUGCCGAGCAACGUGGCUGGCGGUGGAGGCGGCGGCGGUGGGACGGCGUAUCAGCAGAUGAUGAGCAGGCUGCCCCUGGGGCAUCGGAUGUAGAUAAUAAAAGGAGGAUCGAUUAGAGGAUGAGGUUCAGACAUCAUUGCUUAAUUAGGUUAAAUUGAAUAAUGUUGGAUGAUAAGUAUACCGUGGAAACAACCACCUCCUUACUUUUUGCGCAUUUUUCACAAUCAUGUUCCAAAUACUUUUGUUAUUACUAGGGGAAUUAUUAGCGACUU